AUGAAAUAUUUAAUAAUAAUAGGAUUACUUCUUCUAGUAGCAAGGGGAUAAUUAUACAACGUUAAAAAAUGUUCAUGUGGGGAUGUAAAGACGGAAAUUAAUUGUAAAGGUUUUGCCUUGAGUAAAUGUAUUUGGUAAGGAGCUGAAUGUGUUGAUUAUAAAUCACCAACAGAUGGAGGUGAUACAAGUGCAAAAUCUCUUUAUUGCCUUUAAUUUAUGGAGGGCGAUUGUGCCAAGAAAAGAGGAUGCUCAUGGGUGGAAAAGGCUUGCACUCAUUUCACAGGAUGUACUGCAUUCAAAUUAGAUACUUUUGAAUCUUGCUAAGCUAUUUCAAGAGAUUGCAUAACCGAUGGUAUUCAAUGUGUGGCGAUUGAUUUCUGUAAUACUUACAUCACAGAAUUAUCAUGUUUAUAAUCCCCACCAGAUAGAUUUUAAUGUUUUUGGGAUGGAUCAAAUUGCUUGAAUGCUGAUAAAUGUGAGUACUUGCCAACAACUUAUACAUCUGACAAAGAAUGCAGAGAAGCAAUUAAAACAUGUACAGUUCAUAGUAAAGGUUAUGGAUGUGUCACAAGUGCGUCUACAUGCUACGAAUAGCUAUCAAAAGAUUAAUGCGUUUAUGAUUUCAAUAUGGUUAGAACGUGUUUUUGGAAUGAUGAAUGGGCAACAGAUGAAUAUCAAUGUAGAGAUUACACUUGUGAUGAAGCACCUAAAUCUUUAUCAACAUAUACAUAAUGUAAUGAUUUUGGAAAAGAAAACAAAUUAGCAAAUUUAAAUUGUACAGCCAAAAAAGGAGGUGGAUGUUAAGUUAUAAAAAAUUGUGAAGAUAACCAAAUAAAGAGUGCAUGUGAAUAUAAUUCUGCUGGAGCUAAGUGUAUAUGGGAUAAAAAGAAAUUCUGUAUUUUAUUGAAUUGUGAAGCUGGUCCAGCAAGUUUAACAACAAAUGAAUAAUGUUAAGAUUUUGUAAAAAUAUUUACAUCAUAUAAAUGUAUAACAAAAAGUGGUGGUGGAUGUGUAAGUAAUAUUAAUUGUAAUUCUGCAACAAUUUAGAGCGCUUGUAAAUUCGAUGGAUCUAGUAGAACAUGUUUUUGGGAUGACACAGUAACACCAAAUUUAUGUAAAGAAUUGACAUGUGAUAACUUACCAAAGACAUAUAAAACAGCUAAAGAAUGUUCUGAUAAAAUAAUAGGAUGUACUUUAGCAUCAAGUAAAGCAGGUUGUACAGCUAAAUCUUGUAAUAAGGCCCCAACAGAUACUACUGAUUGUGAAGCUUAUUUACCAAAUAAUAAUUGUGUUCCAAAAAAAGAUGGAGGAUGUUAAUCUUUAGGUGAUUGUUAAACAAUUUUAUAAGCUAAUUGUGAUACUAAAAAAAAUAAAUCAGGAGUCACAUGCUUUUGGGAUGGAUCAGCUUGUAAAGAAUAGAUUUGUGCUAAUUUAACUGGAUCUACUUAUUCUGAUCAUAGUGCGUGUAAUACUAAAAUACCAACUUGUACUGUAAAAACAGGAGGUAAUGGUUGUGAAGAUUGGAAAUGUGAAAAUUCAUUUAAAGAUGAUAAUUGUACAUGGAAAGGAGGUAAAUGUUUUUAGAAAGAAUGUUAUUUGGCUUCAACUUUAUAUAAUUCACAUGUAGAUUGUAAUGAAUAUUUGAAUUCUUGUACAUUCUCAUUAGAAAAAACUCCAGUAGGAGGAUGCGCUUCGAUUACUUUAAGAUGUGAAGAUAUUUUUAAUGAAAGAGCUUGUUAAUAUAAAAAAACAAUCAAAGCAAAUGGUAAAGUUGUUUAUGUAAAAUGUGGUUGGGAUGGAGCUAAAUGUAUAGAUUAAAGUUGUACAACAUUAAGUAAAACUUUCACAACAACUAGAGAUUGUAAUUAAGAAGGAAGAGAGUUAAAUUCUAAUGCUAAAAAUUGUGUAUCAAAUAAUCCUAAUGCAUCUGAUGAAAUUUUAGGAUGCAUUCCGCUUCCAUCUAGUUGUAAAGAUAGAAAGACAUUAGACAAUUGUCCAAUAAAAUAUGGAAAUAUAGGACCUGAUUGUGUUUGGGUUCCUCAAGAUGGUGGUACCGGAUUUUGUUUAGAUAAAGCAUGUACAACUGCUCAUCUUGAUGGUUCAACAAGUCAAGUCACUACUAAUAAUUGUAAAUCAUAUAUGCCUACUUGUAUUGCAAAUAAUGAUAAUACUUAAUGUAUUAAUAAACCACCUGUAUGCAAUUCUAUUAUUAAUCCAAAUAAUUGUGAAGAUGAUGCUAAAAUUAAUGGACAUUGUAUAUGGAAUGAUAGUUGUAAAGAUAAAAAUUGCAUUAAUUUACCAUCUUCAUAUGAUACUCAUGAGAAGUGCUAUACUGCAACUAAAAUUGAUAAAUAAUGUACUGUAAAUUCUGAUGCAACUGGAUGUAUUCCAUUGAAAGCUAAUUGCGCUGAUUAUUAAGAUAAAGAAAAGUAAUGUUUUAUCACAAUUGAUGGUAAGAAAUGUUUCUUUUAAGGAACUUGUAGAGAUUUAACUUGUGCUGAUAUUGAUAGAACAAGUUCUUAUGAUUCACAUUCAGAAUGUAAUACUAGAUUAGAUACAUGCACUGUUGUUUAAGUAGUUGGUACUUAAUGUACAAGUAAAUUUAGAAAAUGUUCAGAUUAUGCUAUUUCAAGUAAUUGUGUCAUAACUUCAACUGGAGCAGAUUGUGUAUGGGAUGGUACUAUCUGUUCAUAAAAAAGUUUAUUUGAUUGCACUCUUAUUAAGUUAGAUGCAUACAGUAAUGAAAAUUGUGCUUGGAAAUUUUCAUAAUGUAGAGCAAAUGGCGAUACUACAGGCUGUAUAAUUAGAACUUGUGCUGAUUACUCAGCUACUGCUGAAGGAGCUGCUGAUGAUGUAGAAUGUUCUAAUUAGGAUAGUAUUUGUACAAGCACAAAAAGUGAUGGCCUACCUUGUUAAACGAGAUAAGAUAGCUGCAGCAUUUAUACAUCUGAUGCAACAUGUACAGUAGCUAAAGAAGGAACUUGUAAAUUCGCAAAUGCUAAAUGUUUUUUGGCCACAGCUUCUUGUAGUUCACUCACUGUAGCCGAUGCAACUGAUGAUAAAUGUGUAGCAUUUAGAGAUUUCUGUAAAAAAGGUGAAGGAGAUAAAACUUGCACAGCAAAAUUAUGUAGUGACUUUAUAAAAGGGGAUGGUGAUGUUUUAACUGAUGAUAUUUGUCAAUCUUAUGAUUCUACAUGUAAAGCAACUGUUGCAGCUGGUUAGGGUGAAACUGCUGUAGUAGCUGGAGCUGCUUGUUAUUAAUUAAAAAUUGCUUGCGCACAUUAUAUAGAUGGAAAUGCUUAGGCUUCUUGUAAAGUGAAAGCAUCAGGUAAAAAGUGCUUUUGGGAUUCAACUGGUCCUGGAUCAUGUAAAGAUAUUGCCAAUUCUACAUGUUUCUUAAUAACGGCUGAAUCUGGUUUGACAAAAAAUGCUUGUUAAGAAUACGAUACAUCUUGUACUGCCAAUAGAGAUGGAACUGCUUGUAUAUAAAUAACAACUGAUUGCGCAAAUAACUAAAUAUAAAAUUGUGUUGAAAGAUUUACUGGUUUAUGCGUUUAGAAUUAAGUAUCAAAUUUUGGUGCUUAUUGUAAGAAUCUAAUUCGUAAUACUGCAUGUAAUCUAAUAUAUUUUGAAGAAUAUAAAUAUACAGAUACUAAGUGUAACAGUUUGAAUGCAUUAUGUACUGCCAAUGAUGUUGGAACAGCAUGUAUUGAUAGAACAUGUAAUAAUGCAGCUACUAAUUAUUCAUUUGCAAAAUGUAAUGAAUGGUUGUCAACCUGUACAUGGAAUAAAAAAACUGAUGGAACUGCAGCUUGUACUGUUAUAAAGGAUAAAUGUGGUGAUUAAACAACAGAGGCUACAUGUUUCCAAGCUAAAGAAGGUGAAUGUGCAUUUGUAGAUGGAAAAUGUAAAUUAUUAGAUUGUAUGGAUAAAACUGGAUCGAAUGAUGAAUGUAAUAUAUAUUCUAGUAAAUGUGCACUAUCUAAUCCUGGAGGUUGUUAAGAAUUUACAGUCAAUUGCAGUGAUUAUAAAUAGGAACAAUAAUGUUAUAAGACAAGCACAAAUAAAGAGUGCUUCUGGAAUGCUACAAUUAAGACAUGUGUUGAAUUGUCUUGUGAUAAAAUUGAAUAAUCUGCUAGUUAUAGUAGUCAUAACUAGUGUAAUAAUUUAACAAAUAACAAUUCUAAAACUCUCAAAUGCACAGUUAGAAGUAAUUCAGAUGAUUCUGGUUCUGGAUAUGGAUGUAUUGCUUUGAGUCAUUGUGGAUCAUAUAAAAUAAAAGAUUAAUGUUAAUUUGAUACAUCACACAGUCCAUGUGAGUGGGUUGUAACUGAUAAAUCAUCCACAUGUGUUAAUAAGACUUGUAAUACUGCAGAUAAUACAUAUAAUACUCACAACAGUUGUCUAAGUUAUUAUUAACUUGAUAGUACAAAAUAUUCGUGUACAGUUAAAGCUGUUAAAUCAGAUAAUCCUUCAGAUCCUCCUAUUGUUGGAGGUGGUUGUAUUCCAUUAGCUGCUUGUAGUACUACUUAUUAAAGUGAAGAAAAUUGUUAAGUAAAUGAUUAAUAGGGCCCUUGUGGGUGGAAUGGAGAAUAAUGUGCCGAUAAAUCAUGUUCUACUGCUUAACCUACAUUCACUGAUCAUGUUGAAUGUUAUUAUUAUUUUAAUAAUAAAUGCACUGUUGCUGAAACACUUAAAGGAUGUAUUGAAUUACCUGCUACAUGUGAAGAAUUAAACAAAGUAGAAUAAUGUUAUAUUAAUUAAGCUUAAGAGAAAUGUUAUUGGGAUGGUGAAAAAUGUAUAACUCCAACUUGUGAAAAUGCACCUCAAUCUUUUAUUAAUGAUAGCUAAUGCGGGGAUUAUAAUAAAAUUUGUACUCAAGACAACACUAUUCCUUGUAAAACUUUGGUAUGUGAAGAUUUCUUACUCACAACAGAUGAUGCUUGUAAAGAGAAAUUAAAGAUAUGUAAAACUGAUGUUUCAUGUGUUUAUACAUGCACAACUGAUGGUACUAAAUGUGUUCUUAGAAAACAAUGUAAUCAAGCAUUAUAUAAGAAUGCAUGUGUUACUGAUAUAUCAGACAACAAAUGUUAAUGGGAUUCAGAAAAGAAUUUAUGUGAUUUAAUGACUUGCUCUACUGCCCCUGUAACUGAAUACACUACUGAUGAAUUAUGUUAUAAUUAUUACAUACCUGGAAAAUGUAUGUUAAAAGCAGAUGCUGGGGGUUGUACUGAUAGAACUGUUUGUACUUAAAUCAAAACUUAUGGUGCUUGUACUAGUAGUAACGGUGACAGCUAAAAGACUAAAUGUAUUUGGGAUAAUGGCUCAUGCAGAUAUUAAAAUUGUAUUGAUUUCACCGGAACGUCUCACGCUGAAUGCUAAAGAUAAUUUAAAGUAGGCGAUUGCACUGUUGGAAAUGUAGGUAAAUGUGUUGCUGUGUAAGAUUGUGAAAAAACAACAGUUUAAGCUGCUUGCGUUAAAGGUCUAAAUGGGCCGUGCUUAUGGAUUAGCGGAGCAUGUUAUCCUUAUACUAAAUGUGAAAGUCUUACAUGGUUAAAAGAUAAUGAAUGUAAAGCUAUUUCACCAAAAUGUACAACUAAUGGAACCAAAUGUGUUUCUAUUACAUCAUGCGAAUAAACUAAUAUAACUGGAGGAUGUUAAACAGGAUAUGAUGGAUAAUGCAUCUUAAAUAAAACAGCUACAGGAAAGGCUUGUAAAAAAAGGGACAAAGGUUGUAUUGAUGCUGCAUUUUCUACAUGGAAAGAAUGUUCUUAAGAAGUUAAUACAAGUUGUUCAACUGAUGGGGUAACAUGUAUUGAAUUGUAAGAAUGUAAAGAUUACAAGGUUGAAGAUGCAUGUAUUAAUAAUAGAUCUAAAACAGCAGCAUCAAAGAGUUUGACAGGCAAAUGUAAUUGGGAUGGUACUAAUAAAACUUGUCAUGAUGAAAAAUGUGCUGAAUUAGUGAGUAACACAACUACUAAUUUCGGUUGUUCUUCAUAAUUAAGUUCAUGUACUUCUAACGGAGUUAAAUGUUUAGAUAGAACAUCUUGUGAUAAAUACGAAGUAUUUGAUGUUGCUUGUAAUGCUGCAUUUGAUACUAAUAAUAAUUCAUGUUUCUUUGAAGCAGCAUCAGCCACUAAUAUCAAUACUGCUACUUGUAGAGUCAAAACUUGUGCUGAUCUCAAAGUUACAGAAUGCACUACAGGUUCUGCAGGAGCUUUUUCUUGUGUUUCUGAUGGAACUAUAUGUGUUUCUACAGGAGCAUGUUCUACUUACAAAACUAAAACUUCAUGCAACGCAGGUGAAACUGAUGGAGUUGUCUGUAUAUUCACUGCAUCUACUGAUGCUGGAUCUUCUACUGGUACUGGUACAUGUACUAAAAUGA